GAUGAAGAACCACCACCACCACCACCACCUCAAGCCCAAACCCAUUAUCUCCCAAGUUGACGAAUCGAUGGUCCUCGAGGACGGUGACGGUAGCCGUUUGGUUAGAUGGACGGGAUUUGACACCGUGUGUCUGGGACGCCCCACGCUCCCGUUGUUCCCACGCCGGGUCGGCCACCGAAAAGAUCAGGAUGCUGACAGUGCGAAGUAACGCGAGGGCAGCCAGUCAUUGGGCGAGCUGGUCCCCGACGGCUUGGUUCGCCCGCAAAGGAGCCGGCUCCAGCACAGAGUCG